AUGCAUAUCAGCUUUGAUAGUAUCAGCUUCUACCAUCCUCCUCCUCCAAAACUUCAAACUACUGUGUCUGCUUCCCGUUGGAAAUUGUACAAGGCUCCUCCAGCUCCACAUAGCCUUUCACGCCCUCUUCCACCCAAACCCCCUAUCCUUAUAGCAAACAUCCCGAUCUCGGAUAAACAGCCAACUGCUGUCCAGCAAUCCCAGAAUCCUACGGAAGAUGAGGCUUCAGCAACACCGGCAUUCCGCAAUGCGUUUGAUGUCGAACUCGGGAGAGUCUCGAGAGAGUAUUUGUGGCGGAAAACAACCCAAUUGCGGGUGAGACAGAUCUGGAAAUACACUGUGGUUGUGGGCUCCCAGGUGAAAUCGCAUCAGAUGUACCCCAACGUCAGGUACCACAUUCAGUGA